GAGUGCCGCGGUGGCUAGUCCGCUAGUAUGCCUCAGCCCACGACGCUGAGCGCCGCGACGCCCGGCGAUCUCUCGCCUCACAACGCCGCGAAAACAAACACCGUAAUUAUCUCGCCGCGAUAAAACCAUACAACGCGCUAUCAGUUCUUGAUAAUUCACCAGUGUGAUAACUGAUAAAGUAAGUGGUUGACGCCUAACGUACUGUGUAUUAUGUAAAACAUAAAAGUGAAUUCCUAGGAGACAUAAAUAUGGCUACAGCAACUGCUCCUCGUAAGACUAUCUCUAUUUACGACUACCCGGAACAUUUGAACCCCUUCCAUGAGGAGGACAAUCACAACAAGAUUCGGUUCUGGACUCUGGGCAAGCGUCUAAGCCGAUCGAACAGCAUCAAUUUCUCUGGCCUGAAGGACCUCAGGAAUUCUUGGUCCUUGCGGUCUUUUAUGAAGAAAGGAAAGAAGGGGCAGCAACAGAAUUCGUCAGAAAAAUCUUCCAGCAACAAUCAGUUAAAUGGGGAACCUUCGCCUAUUAUCUACAGGAGAGCUCUGCAAUAUUCCACAGCGUCGACAACAGGCGCUCGAAGUACGGUUGGGUCUCCAGAUCGCUACAUCUAUGGUGGUUCCAUUACACCACUGCCUCGCUCCCGGUUUCAAGAGCGACUGAGGAGUACCAGCCACCAUGAAGUUCAAUCACUAAGUACAACCCCCCGCUUGGCCCGAAGCGAAGUCUCGGGGUCUCGACUGAGCGUGGAAAGUACAAACCCCUUCGAUGAAGAUGGUCCUGUUCCUCCCGUCCGCGCCUCAAGACGUAAGAAAAAGCGCGCUCCUCUACCGCCUGGGCCCAUCUACACCACUCCUGAGUCAGCUGAUACAACGGUGACCAGUGUAACUUCGGAAUCAGAAAUAAGUAAAACUGAGGACAAGAAAUUGAAUAAUACUGAUGGCGAUUUAGAAUUAGAAAACAUGAACUUGAAUAUUGAACUCAAAAUAGUCGAAGAUGAAGACGUGAAAGACAAGACAGAAUCUAUAGACGAUAAGCCAAAGAGUCCUGAUGCAGUUAAUAAUAAUACUGAGGUUCCGGUUACUGUAACGGAAAAAGUGGUAAACAAAGAAACGACACCUACUGAAUCCAAAGAAAACGAUGUAACACUUAGAAGCUCAUCGGAAGAAGACAUCCUAAGCUCAGCCGCAUUUCCUAAAAUAGACAUUGUAACAUACAGACGUAACUCCAGCGUUAAUGAAGACGACAUACGAUUACGACGAGGUAAUUUAGAGGACUUCCAGACGCUUAAUAAUAAAAGAAGUAAGAGUCUUACUAAUGCCUUGGACACGACUUACACUACAUACGACAUCAACUUGAAUGAGAACAUCGUGCACAUGAACACUAACGGUAACGACGCGCCGCAGAAAGUUGUAUGCAAACUUUAUGAAGAUCCACAAACGAAAAAGAGCAUUGAAACUAUAUCAAGUACAGAAAAAGAGUUUUUAGAAAUAGACAGAGCUACUAGAGAACUCGAGAGAGAGAUAAAUAAACUGAAUUCCGCCUUAAAUGAAGAUGAUAUUCCAAGUGUAGAAACAAGACUGUCGGUGUCAGAAAUAAAACGAAGAUUCGAUAAAAAGGAUGCAUCAUCACCAAACCCGAUACCAAAGCCUAGGAGAAGUCACUACGGAGGGGGUUCCACUACUCCAUGAGACCAUGAAUGUUAACCAAAUGAAACUUAAAUAUGGCUGUUUACUGUGGACCCUAAAAUAGGAACCAUUUUAUUUUGCCAAACUCGUAUUUUGUACGCGGGUUUGCUAUUAAAAAAGUAGAUCAUAUUUAUACUAUUCUUAUCAUAUCAAUAAACAAACAACGUAUUAGCUAUUAGUAUUUGUAGAAAAUUGCCCUAAUAUAUUUAUACACACAAUGAACAUAAUACAAAUUAAAAUAAUUUGUCAUCGUGUCUAGAACGAGUCGAGUUUUACUAGUAUUUAGUAGUUAAGUACGAUGUGUUGUAACAUGUGAUUUUUAGGUAAUAACGUGGUUUAGACGUAAUAGGAUCUCAAACAUUCGCAAAGGGGAUUGAACUAGGUAUAGUGACGACGCAGUUUCAUAAUAAAUAAAUGCUUAACUAAAAUUCUAGUGCCUUCGAUAUAAAUACGUAAAUGACGGAAAAUAAAUUGUUUUGCCAUAAAAUAUUAUGAAUUUUUAGCGGCGUAGCAUAAUUUAUUUGUGAUAAAUAUUUUAUUAUUGUAUUGAAUGUUGCUUUGUUUGUACUGCGUUAUAGUCACCGUCGCGUGGAAUAUAUACUGUUGUAAGAAAUAGUAAUAAUUUACCUGUAACAGUUAAUGGUGACAGUACACUGUAAUUUUGUGUGCAAAAUUCCUAAUUAUUUAUACAAAUGUUCACAAUGGGAUUAGUUAUUUGUUAGUUCAGACAUUGUUGUUUAAUAAAUUAUUAUUCUAUUGAU